ACAUUUUCUUCAACAUCACCCUUCGAAGGAAAACGUUGUUCUACACAGUGAAUUUGAUCGUUCCUUGCGUGGGAAUUUCGUAUCUUUCUGUGUUGGUGUUCUACUUGCCAGCGGAUUCCGGAGAGAAAAUUGCCCUGUGCAUCAACAUUUUGCUGUCGCAAACGAUGUUCUUCCUGCUCAUCUCCGAAAUUAUUCCUUCAACGUCCUUGGCCUUACCGUUACUGGGGAAAUAUAUACUAUUCACUAUGGUGAUGGUGGGUUUUUCCGUUGUGAUCACAAUAAUAAUAUUGAACGUUCACUAUCGGAAGCCGAGCACGCAUAAAAUGGCCCCGUGGGUUCGGAGUUUCUUCAUUAAAUCGGUACCCAAGCUGUUGCUGAUGCGGGUGCCGAAGGAUUUGCUUACUGAACUGGCGGCCCGGAAAAUUCCCCCCAUGCGAAUCGAAGGGAAAACUGGCCGAAGUUCACCUGGGUCUAGUUCGACUUCUUCUAGCUCUAGCCGAAAUAGAGGUAGAGGCUGUAACGGCUUACAUUCAUCCACUACCAAUAGACUCAGAGGAUUUACUAGUAACUUCCACUCUCAAUUGGCCUACAACGGGUUGCCUUCGGUGUUUUCCACACUGGACGAGAGCGAUUCUGGCAACCGGAAAAAGUACCCAUUUGAACUGGAGAAAGCCAUCCACAAUGUGAUGUUCAUCCAGCACCACAUCCAGAGGCAGGAUCAAUUUAACGCGGAGGAUCAAGACUGGGGCUUCGUCGCCAUGGUGUUAGACCGAAUGUUCCUCUGGAUCUUCAUUAUCACGUCUCUAGUAGGCACUGUGUCCAUUCUAUGUGAAGCACCAUCUUUGUACGACGACACCAAACCAAUUGAUAUGGAAUUGUCUUCAGUUGCUCAGCAGCAGUUUUUUCCAGACAUUGAAUUUCCGACGGGCGUACAGGAAGGAAUUAAGCAACUUUAGAGUGUUGCGUGAAAAUAAAGUUUCUGGGGGCCAGGAAAAUAUACAAGGCCUGAUCGAGAUGAUGCACUUUAUAACUACUGAUAGUCAGCACUAAAUUAGUUAGAUAGAGACUGUUUUUUGAUCCAUCCUUAUGCAGCAGUAGACUUCACAUGGCUUUUUAUGUAUGAUUGAAAGGCAGUCAAUCGUUUCGAGAGUUUUAGUUGAAGAUCCAUCGAGUUUAUUUAACGGGUUUAAUAAACUUGUUAUCGUUAAUAAAGAGUUUUUUGGAAUUAUA